AUGCUCUGCAACGUUCAGCAUUAUCUCGUCGUUUGCUCCAAGUUCGUCGUGAAUUCGUCGCACUUUGACCCGGGCCGGAUCGGCCGAAACGAGCGUGUCGUUGAGCAACACAUGGCGAUGUUCACCGCAAAGUACAAACGCCCAUUGGCAAGCGAACCACCAUUCAACUCGCUCAUUAUCGACCCAUUGAGAUUGAGUGAUGGUUCACCAGUCGUCCUGAAGCGGGUUAAGUUAGAUUCGCCUGAAUUCGAAAUAGCAGUCUUAUUCUCGUCGCCGCCUCUCUCCCUUGACCCCAGAAACCAUUACGUACCUGUUAUUCAAGCUCUGAAAUAUGGAGAAUUCGGAAUCCUUGUCCUACCGCUAUUGCGGAAAUUUGAUGAUCCUCCGUUCGAUACCGUGAGGGAAGUAAUUGAAUGCUUCAGACAACUAUUCGAGGGUGUCCAAUUCAUGCAUCAGAACUUUGUUGUACACCGUGACUGUACAAAACUAAACAUCAUGAUGGACCCGACAAAGUUGUAUCCAAAGGGGUAUAUUCCUGAACGACCUUAUAUGAAAGUCGACGGCAGUGACCUGGUUUCGCCAAGUUGUACUCGCACCGCGUGUUGGCCGCGAUACUAUCUCAUCGACUUUGGACACUCUUGCCAAUACGAUCCCGCGGACGGUAUACCUCAUGAAUGGGUCCUCCGGGAGGAGACAAAACAGCGCCUGAGCAUCGCAACCCUGACAAAUUGGAGUACGAAGAGCUACUUCCAUCCCGCUGGAAUUGGUCUCGACUUUUUACGGCCGUUAGUUGAGGACAUGGUAAAGGAGAAUCCUUCUGAACGUCCUACCAUCGAUGAUGUGGUGAUGCGGUUCGACGCGAUAGUGAAAUCUCUUUCGCGAUGGCGUCUCCAAGCAUUGACCCAGCUAGGAAAUCAACCGCUCUUCUUUCCUUUCGCUUAUGUUGGUCGCCGCUUGAAAUUUGCUCUUAUGCUAAAGUCUCCUUUACCUAAGAUUGUCGCAUCCCCUUCUCGUGUUUUAUCUGCUACACGGAACUUUUACACAGCGAAUCGAGAGCGAGUUGCUACUCCUGCUGCAUGA